CCUUUGCCUUUGGAAUUCAACCCCUAUAAACCUACCUACCUGCAAACCUCCAUUGUUGAUCCCUUCCACCAUGAUUAGUCUCUCAGACUUCUACCACGUCAUGACGGCCGUCGUCCCUCUCUACGUCGCCAUGAUCUUAGCUUACGGCUCCGUCAAAUGGUGGAAGAUCUUCACCCCCGAUCAAUGCUCCGGCAUCAACCGUUUCGUCGCCCUCUUCGCCGUCCCUCUUCUCUCCUUCCACUUCAUCUCCACCAACGAUCCUUACAAAAUGAACCUCCGUUUCAUCGCCGCCGAUACCCUCCAGAAACUGGUGGUGCUGGCGGUGCUCGCCGUCUGGAGCAACCUCAGUAAAAGGGGCUGUUUAGAAUGGUCGAUCACGCUCUUUUCAUUAUCGACGCUUCCGAACACACUGGUUAUGGGCAUUCCUUUGCUUAAAGGAAUGUAUGGUGGUGAUUCCGGUAGCUUAAUGGUUCAGAUCGUUGUUCUUCAAUGCAUUAUUUGGUAUACUUUGAUGCUGUUUUUGUUCGAGUUUCGCGGUGCGAGAUUGUUGAUUUCGGAGCAGUUUCCGGAUACCGCGGGCGAGAUUGCUUCGAUUCAUGUCGAUUCGGAUAUUAUGUCGUUGGACGGGCGGCAGGUGUUGGAGACGGAGGCGGAGAUUAAGGAGGACGGGAAGCUUCAUAUCACCGUCCGGAAAUCGAACGCGUCGAGAUCGGACGUGUUUUCGAGGCGGUCGCAAGGGUUCUCGUCGACCACUCCGCGUCCGUCGAAUCUUACGAAUGCGGAGAUAUAUUCUCUGCAGUCGUCGAGAAACCCGACCCCAAGAGGGUCGAGUUUCAACCAUAAUGAUUUUUAUUCCAUGGCGGGCGGUGGGAGGAACUCAAACUUUGGGGCGAAUGAUGUUUAUGGGCUCUCUGUGUCCAGAGGGCCCACGCCACGACCUUCCAACUAUGAAGAGGAAGGCGGUGGAAGCACCGCUAACAAGUCUCGUUUCCAUCACGGGGUGCUGGGUGGUAACUACCCAGCACCUAAUCCGGGGAUGUUUUCUCCAUCAACAGGAAAAACAGUUCCUCCGACACUAAAAAAAGCCAACGGACAAAAAGCAGAAGAAGGUUCGAAUGAUCUACACAUGUUCGUCUGGAGCUCGAGUGCUUCUCCGGUUUCCGACGUGUUCGCAGCUCGGGAAUACGGAACCCUCGACCCGCAAACUACAAAAGACGUAAAACCGCCGAUAUCGCCAGUAAAAAGUCACGGAGAAGAGUACUUGCCCAGAGACGAGUUUACUUUCGGAAAUAACAUAAACAUCGAAGGCGGGAAGGGCAAAGGCGGUGGCGGCGGCAAGAGUGGCGUCAAGACGAUGCCGCCAACGAGCGUCAUGACGAGGCUCAUAUUGAUCAUGGUGUGGAGGAAACUAAUCCGAAACCCGAAUACGUAUUCAAGUUUGAUCGGUCUCAUUUGGUCUCUAGUAUCGUUCAGGUGGGAUGUAAAGAUGCCUGCGAUCAUCGAGAAGUCGAUAUCAAUUCUAUCGGAUGCAGGUCUUGGCAUGGCGAUGUUCAGUCUCGGAUUGUUCAUGGCAUUACAACCGAGGAUCAUAGCAUGUGGAAAUUCGGUGGCAGCUUUUGCAAUGGCCGUGAGAUUCCUUACAGGACCAGCUGUCAUGGCAGCUGCUUCCAUUGCCGUUGGACUUCGCGGCGUCCUCUUACGCAUUGCUAUCGUUCAGGCAGCUUUACCACAGGGGAUUGUCCCCUUUGUGUUCGCCAAGGAGUACAAUGUCCACCCUGAUAUCCUUAGCACUGGGGUUAUAUUCGGAAUGUUGAUAGCAUUACCCAUUACGCUCGUCUACUACAUUUUCCUCGGGCUCGGGAAAUAGUCGAUGCUGACGUUAUAAUAUUAUCUUGGUCAGAAAUACGUCAAACGGUUGGUCACGUAGUUUUCAGGGUUUUUUUAGUCGCAGGAGAUAGGAAAAGAUUGUGAUUGGUUAAUUGGGAAUCCUUUCACGUUGUUUACUCGAGUUGAAUGUUAUACGACAACACGAUAAACUCGUCUUCUUGGUUAAUGUAGUUUGUGUAUUUAUGUUGUAUUAUGUUUAUUUACACGUCGAUUAUAUCGAGAUUUAUGUAUGUUUUUUUUUUCAAGAUAAUAACACGAGCA